UUAUUAGCAUAAUAGAUGUUUAAUUGAGGCUGGCCGCGCUGUGAGGAGGUUAGUAGUAGUGUUGUACUCAGACGAGAGAGCAGUCAGUCGAACAGCUCCGAUAGAAAAUGAUGUACGAAUCCGAGGACGUGUUGACUCAGAGAGCGCGAGCUUUCUCGAUCAACAACAUGCUGACCGGGUCCCCGCAUGCCGCGUUCCCGUUCCCGAGCUUCCCGAUGACUCAGGCCGCGCCCGCCCCGCCACCGGACCCGUGCGCCUUCUCAGACCGCUUCGCGACGGACUUCCACAUGACAGCGGACCACAAGACGCAGCGCCUCGGGCUGGGGCACCUCCCCGCCCCGCAGAACUUCCCCCCGCCCUCCGCUCUCAAGGACAUGAAAGUCACCCUCGAACAGAAGGACCUCUGGGACAGCUUCCACGACAUCGGCACAGAAAUGAUCAUCACCAAAGCCGGGAGACGAAUGUUCCCGACCUACAAGGCGUCCAUCUCCGGACUGGACCCGAACGCCAAGUACAUUCUUCUCAUGGACAUCGUACCCAUGGACGACAACCGCUACAAGUAUCACAACUCCGAAUGGGUGGUAAGCGGUAAAGCGGAGCCCCUGAUGCCGGGUAGACUGUACAUCCACCCCGAUAGUCCCGCUACAGGCACGCAGUGGAUGAAACAGUCAGUUACCUUCCACAAACUCAAACUUACCAACAACGCCAUGGACCAGCAAGGGCAUAUCAUCCUGAACUCGAUGCAUAAGUACCAGCCCCGUCUGCACAUCGUCCAGGCGAACGACGUGUACAGUCUCCGCUGGAACUCCUUCAGUACCUUCGCCUUCCCCGAGACCAGCUUCAUCGCCGUCACGGCUUAUCAGAACGAGAAGAUCACACAACUGAAGAUCGACAACAAUCCAUUCGCCAAGGGAUUCCGUGACAAUGGAGGAAACCGAAGGGAGCGAGCCAUCCUGGGUACCAAGCGGAGCGCGGAAGCAGCGGGAGACCGCAGUGACUCAGGAGUCAGCAACAAGCGGCCGUGUAACGGAGGGGAAGCCGAGCGGAACAGGCCCCCGAGCCGGGACUGCAGCGUCGUCGGGGAGGAGAGCGAGGUGCCCAGAGGACCGUCCCAGUACAACCCGCCUGCCCAGUCCGACGACCUCAACCCGUGCGGCAACCCUCUCACCAUCGUCACCGACGACAUCACGACCGACUUCGCCAAGGAGAGAUCCCCGGGUCUACCACACGCCCUAGGCGGGCAGGGUAGCGCUCAGCUCCCGACGAGAGACCAGGCGAGCCUCGGUAGCUGCCAGGGCGACGACAUGAGAUGCCAGACACGCACAGCCUGUGCACAAGACCCGCGCGACCUGCUCGCCUCUCCCGACACCACCGACUACCAGCAGUAUCACCCCGGCGGGUACAACAGCCAGACCGCGGGAGACCCUACCGACAACACCGGCGUGUCGCUCGGGUACGGUACCGGCCCCUCCUUCCAAGAACUCUCGGUACAAACCGACCUGGGUACUGCGGACAUGUGUAAGAACGACACCGUCGGGCUCAACCCUCCCGGUACGGCCGUCCUGCCGUCCUACCCCGCCGUCAGCUCCUUCCACACCGGCCUGCCCGUCUCCAACGCCCCCCUGUACGCCAGCGGCGGCACCCCUCCCCAGAGAUCGUACGACGUCUACCCGACAGGUCUCUUCGCGGCCCCGACAGCUUACGAACCUCUGGACUACGCCACGACGUGUAAGAUGGCGGGGUUCUCGCGGAUGCAGAUGAGCGUGGCGCCCGCGCCGCACCUCAGCCACUUCCCGACGUCUUCUGCCACCACCAUGCCGGUCAACUUCCACGGGAUGUUCAACACCCACCCCAUGCCUGCAGCCUACCCUGGACAUGCGGGCAAGUUCGCAGCAUAGAGACAUUCAUUCCCCCAAACUAGAUAUAAAACCACUAUAUGACUGUAGGUGUAGCUUUGGUCCUGUACACAACAUAAGCUCAAAAUAUGCUGAAAUUAUCCAUUGUUUCUGACCGAAAAUUAUGUGAAACAAGUUUCUUGACUCCGUACCAUCUAAAUUGAAAGUUAUACUUCACAAAUGAUAACCUAGACGCCCGCCAAAUCCAUGCGAAAAGAUGGCUUCAGUAUAAUUAUGCGACGACCUCUAAAGAAGAGAGAAAUACUAAAAGCUAUGACAUGGUGUUAUUAUCCGGGUCAAACGACAAGCGUUUUCAAUCAACGUGUCAAAGAGGAUAUCUAUAAAAACACCAGACAUGUUCCACCGUUUGUCAAACAAACUAUAAACGUUUUAUUUAGUCUGUGGAUGAAUAGAUGACACUUCAUAACUCCAGAAACAUACGAAGAGAAAAUAUGUGUAUUUAAGCGUUUCUUUGACAUGUACUUAAGAUCUCUGACAAGAAAAGUGUACAUAUUUACUUCUUUCAAAAGCCUCAAGGCUUUUUGUGUUUUGACCACUUAGGCGAGACCCCCUGAGAAAGAAAGCUACGGGUUCGACAAUUAUCGUGUCUGAUAGUUGAAAAGCUACCUCGUAAAUUAUGUUGCUGUGUGAGUGGGUAGAUAUACCUGUAAACAAUGUGUGCCUGUAUAACUGUUAUAUUGCUGUGUAUCGUUCGACAAGACUUCUGUAUAUAUUGAAAAGAAAGAUAUUGGAGAUAUGUAUUGUGUGUAUGACUAUGAACGCUUUUUGAGCGAUUCUUUUGUUUGUUUUUGUUUUUUUUUGUUCUUUUUAUGACUUUCUUUGCACUGAAAGAAUUACUCAGGUGAAGGAUAUGUAUGCACAACAGAGAAUAGAAUACUAGUAGUGUUUAUGUUUGUUUAUUUAUGUUGUUGUUUACCUUUGUUGACUAUUGUAUACGCAAGAGAGGCAUCGCAUUGUACAGGGAUUGUUGUGUUGUUUCUUUUGACCAUGUACUUUGCGAGAUUUAUAUUUAUUUUUGUACAAGUUUGUUGUAUCUUUGCUUGGAUGAUGAUAAUAUAUGUUAUUGUGGUGAGAAAAGA